AUACCUAUUCUCUCAUCACCUCUACAAUACUGCAAUACAAAUACACUUGCAACAAUGGCUGGAAAGUUUGAGCCCAAGACUGCCGUCACCCUUGACCCUCCAAAGGACGACAUCAUCUCUAAGGAGGAGCUUGCCAAGGCCAACGGCGCUACUGAAGGAGGCAAGUGCUACGUGGCGAUCAAGGGCAAGGUUUAUGAUGUUACCGGAAACAAAGCCUACCUCCCUGGAGCUUCUUACAAUGUCUUUGCCGGCAAGGACGCUUCAAGAGCUCUAGCCAAGUCCUCGACAAAACAGGAGGAUGCGCUUCCAGAGUGGCAGGACUUGGAUGACAAGGAGAAGGGCGUUCUCAACGACUGGAUCACUUUCUUCUCCAAACGGUACAACAUCGUCGGUGUUGUGGAGGGCGCCACAAACCAGGAGUGACUAACCGAGCCGCCCCCAAGUACUCACGCCAAGUUAUGAAUUCAUCGUUUUUAGUCCU